GUCCCCGUGGAGCUGCAGAAGCUGGCUCGAGGGAGCCUGGUGGGCGGCGGCCGGCAGCGGCCCCCGCAGACGCCGCUGCGCCUCCUCAUCGACGCCGACAACUGCCUGCACCGCCUCUACGGCGGCUUCUACACGGACUGGGUGAGCGGCGGCCAGUGGAACCACAUGCUCGGCUACCUGGCGGCGUUGGCCAAAGCUUGCUUCAACGGCAACAUCGAGCUGUUCGUCUUUUUCAACGGCGCCCUGGAGAAGGCCCGGCUGCACGAGUGGGUCAAGCGGCAGGGCAACGAGCGCCAGACGGCGCAGCAGAUCGUCAGCCAUGUCCAGAACAAGGGCACGCCGCCGCCCAAGGUCUGGUUCCUGCCGCCCGUCUGCAUGGCCCACUGCAUCCGCCUGGCCCUCAUCCGCUUCCACAUCAAGGUUGCACAGAGCAUUGAGGAUCAUCAUCAAGAAGUAAUUGGUUUCUGCAGAGAAAAUGGCUUCCACGGCUUGGUUGCAUAUGACUCUGAUUAUGCAUUGUGCAACAUCCCCUACUAUUUCAGUGCCCAUGCCCUAAAACUGAGCCGAAAUGGGAAAAGUCUCACAACAAGCCAAUAUCUGAUGCAUGAAGUUGCCAAGCAACUGGACCUGAACCCAAAUCGUUUUCCUAUUUUUGCUGCUCUGUUAGGUAAUCAUAUUCUACCUGAUGAAGAUUUGGCUUCUUUUCAUUGGAGUUUACUUGGUCCAGAGCAUCCACUAGCCUCACUUAAGGUACGGGCUCAUCAGCUAGUUUUACCACCCUGCGAUGUAGUGAUCAAGGCUGUUGCUGACUAUGUCCGUAAUAUCCAGGAUACUACUGAUUUUGAUGCUAUAGCAAAAGAUGUUUUUCAGCAUUCACAGUCUAGAACAGAUGACAAAGUUAUUCGAUUUAAGAGAGCAAUUGGAUAUUAUUCAGCGACUAGUAAGCCUAUGUCAUUUCAUCCACAUUUCUUAGCCAGACCAAAUCAAUUUGGAAUGCCUGGGAUAGUGCCACCAUAUGUUCCCCCUCAGAUGCUCAACAUUCCACAGACCUCUCUACAAGCAAAGCCUAUGGCCCCACAGAUGCCAAGCCCAGCUGGUGCUCCGGGUCAGGGUCCAUACCCAUAUAGCCUCUCUGAGCCGGCUCUCACUUUGGAAACAAGUGGAAAGAAUUUGGCUGAGCAGAACAACUAUAGUAACAUUCCUCAUGAAGGGAAACAUACUCCAUUGUAUGAACGAUCCUCUCCAAUAAAUCCAGCUCAAAGUGUCAGUCCUAACCAUGUGGAUUCUACUUACUUUCCUGGUUCAUCAACAUCAUCAUCCUCAGAUAAUGAUGAAGGCAAUGGAGGCACUAUGAACCAUAUCAGUGGGAACAAAAUUGGCUGGGAGAAGACAGGAAGCCACUCAGAACCUCAAGCACGUGGAGACCCAGGAGACCAAACAAAGGCAGAAGGUUCGUCCACUGCCUCUUCAGGCAGCCAGAUUGCUGAAGGAAAAGGAAGCCAAAUUGGCACUGUACAACCAAUUCCCUGCCUUCUGUCCAUGCCCACCAGGAACCACAUGGAUAUUACCACACCUCCAUUACCUCCUGUCGCACCUGAAGUAUUGAGAGUGGCAGAACACAGGCACAAGAAGGGACUAAUGUAUCCCUACAUCUUUCAUAUCCUAACAAAGGGUGAAAUCAAAAUUGCUGUUUCUAUUGAAGAUGAAGCCAACAAAGACCUGCCUCCUGCUGCCCUGCUCUAUAGGCCUGUUCGUCAGUAUGUUUACGGAGUCCUGUUUAGUUUGGCAGAAAACAGAAAGAAAACUGAGAGACUUGCUUUUAGAAAGAACAGACUUCCUCCAGAAUUUUCACCAGUGAUAAUUAAAGAAUGGGCAGCUUACAAAGGGAAGUCUCCUCAAACUCCUGAAUUGGUGGAAGCUCUUGCAUUUAGGGAAUGGACUUGCCCCAAUCUGAAAAGACUCUGGCUGGGAAAGGCAGUAGAGGAUAAGAACCGCAGGAUGCGAGCCUUCCUGGCCUGCAUGCGAUCUGACACACCAGCCAUGCUUAAUCCAGCAAAUGUACCCACCCACCUCAUGGUGCUCUGCUGUGUCUUACGAUAUAUGGUGCAGUGGCCGGGAGUGCGGAUAUUACGUCGCCAGGAACUGGAUGCCUUCCUGGCUCAGGCAUUAUCCCCCAAACUUUAUGAGCCUGAUCAGCUUCAGGAGCUGAAGAUUGAGAACCUAGAUUCCCGUGGAAUUCAGUUGUCGGCUCUGUUCAUGAGUGGAGUGGACAUGGCCCUGUUUGCAAAUGAUGCGUGCGGGCAGCCAAUCCCAUGGGAACACUGCUGUCCUUGGAUGUACUUUGAUGGCAAACUCUUCCAGUUCAAACUCCUUAAAGCCAGUCGGGAAAAGACUCCACUAAUUGACCUCUGUGAUGGUCAGGCUGAGCAAGCUGCCAAGGUUGAAAAAAUGCGUCAGAGCAUUUUAGAGGGGUUAAACUUCUCCCGUCAGAACCACCCACUUCCUUUCCCACCACCUCCUGCUCUGCCUUUCUACCCAGCUUCCAUGUAUCCUCGGCACUUUGGGCCUGUCCCGCCAUCUCAGGGCAGGGGCAGAGGAUUUGCAGGAGUCUGUGGCUUUGGAGGCCCUUACGGGGAAACUGUAGCAACAGGCGCUUACCGUGCCUUCCGGGUGGCGGCAGCAACGGGACAUUCCGGAGCCUUCUCGGGCAAUGAGAGCAGCAGGACUAGCAAGUUACAGGGCGGAGUCCAGCCUAUACCUUCUCAGGGAGGAAAAUUAGAAAUAGCUGGCACUGUGGUUGGCCACUGGGCUGGGAGCAGACGUGGCCGGGGAAGCCGAGGGCCUUUCCCCCUACAGGUAGUUUCUGUUGGAGGACCAGCAAGAGGACGUCCUAGAGGAGUUAUUUCUACCCCCGUGAUUAGAACAUUUGGAAGAGGUGGAAGAUACUAUGGGAGAGGUUACAAAAACCAGGGAACAAUUCAGGGUAAACCUCCUUAUGCUGCUUCAGCAGAAGAAGUGGCCAAAGAAUUUAAGUCAAAAUCAGUGGAGUUGAAGUCUCCUGCUGUGUCUUCAGAUGGGUCCCUGGCUGAAAAUGGAGUGAUGACUGAGGAGAAGCUGGCGUCCCAGAUGAAUGGGAGCGCAGGAGGUGUCAGGGCUUGCACCCAGUCUGAAAGUGCCUUGAAUAAUGACUCUAAAAUGUGCAAUACAAAUCCUCCCUUAAAUGCACUAAAUACAGACAGCGUCUGCCAUAAAGGUGAUACUCUUGAGGCAGCUGUCUUAAAUAAAGAAGAGUAAACUUAUUUUUUAUAGAGGGUGAAGGAUAUUGGAAGGGGUAAGGAUUUAGAAAUAUCUGGAAAGAAAGCCUACAGUUAUGUACAUUUUUUCCUUUCCGUAAGAGAAAAAUGAGGACUUUGGAAAUUCGGAUCCCUCUUUGAUAUCAGAGAUUUAAACAAUAAAUUUUUAGUUUUAACCAGUUGUAGUCAAAAUGCUACAAUAAAACAAAAAAGAAAGAAAGAAAAUGAAGAGCAUUUGACUCCCGCACUUAAAAUGAAGUACACAUAAAGUUUAAACUGGUUAUGACAAAAGCCUCUAGUGGUGUUUCUUGAACUAUAAAGAAAAAACAUUUUUUUGGCAGUCUUUUAAGUAUAUAUAGCUUAAACUCUAAUUUUUAGCAUUUGGCACCAUAUGUAUGCCAUUAUAUUUGAUUUUGCAUUACUGUUUCACAAUAAAGCUUUGUUUAAGGCUUUGAUUUUAUGAUUAUGGAAAAAAUAAGGCACAGCCACAGUUUUUCUUUCUUUCUUAAAUUUCAUCACUGUUGAUGUGGUUCUUUUGUGUUAAAAAAAGUGCAACUAUCAAAACUAAAAGAUAAUACAGUAAUAUUGCCGUUCUGCUGAUUUUAAAUAUACAGUACAUCAUACAUACUUUACAAGCAAGUUAAAUGGAGAUAAAGUUGAAAUCAGAAGAUGCAAAUGACCUUUCAAAAUCAACACAAUGUGUUCUGAAACUUUUUGUGACUAAAUACCAUGCAUCUGUGAUCAAUGAACUAUGUGGUUUUGAAUCGGAUGUAGACCAUUAGUACUACUACUUGAGCUAAACUUCUGCAUGGUUCAUAAUUUUAAAAGUGUGUAGUUAAUAUUAUGCAUGUUAUUGUCCUUUCUUCCAUUCUUACAAAUAUGUGCCCAUUUGCAAAACAAAAAGCUAAUAAUCAGUAAUAGUCCUAUACAAGAUGUUAACUAUGUUUAGUCAUUGACUGAUCUUGCUCUAACCUUACAAUUUUGUGAUUAUUGACCUCUGUUGCAUUUAUUCUAAAAAACCCCAAAAAUUAUCUAGCCGUUUUGAAUAUCAACAUUACCCUGGUGUAUUCACUGCUGUAUGCAUUAUUGUUCUUUGUUGCUGUUUUAUGCCUUCAUAUUAGCAAAAUAUGAAAUUCUGUGAAGGAAAAAAAAAACUUUGGUCUUUAAACACCCCUCCCCCUCUUCUGUAGCAAGAAACAAAUUGCUUGUUCUUGAGAACUUUCCCAUCAAGAAUUUAGUAGAAGCAAGUAUACUUAUAUCAUUUUGAUGUUUUUGUUAAUGUUUCCAAACAAUGUACUUUGAAAUCAGAAUCACUUAUUUGUUUUCAUAUAAUUAUCCUGAUGCUCUUCAUCACACAUUAGUGAUCAGAAAUGAGGUGUAAUUCCCCAAUCCCUACCCGCAAGAGCUAAAUAGGAAUUUACUGUAAGUUGAAGGGAGUUUUGCCCUAACUCAUGGAUUGUGCAAGAAUGAACUGCUGUUGGGUUUGAUUGAUUGUAGAUGGAUUGUGGUGUGGUGUAUUUGAAGGCUAUUGAAUGCAACUUACAAUGCUUAAUAAAAAUCUUUAUUCUUUUAGUAUAA